UCCGAAACCAGAAUAACGGCGAAGGAAAGGGAUAUUUCCCAUCUGCGCUUGUUAUUUAUUAUUAUAUAUUUAUUUAUUUUUUUACAAUUUAGCAGAGGAUCAAAAGAGUAAAGCGGAAACCAGAACACAUCUCCUGGAAUUGCUACAGUCGCGUCAUUGUCGAAGAUGAUCCACAGUUUGUUCCUGGUGAACUCCACGGGAGACAUCUUCCUGGAGAAGCACUGGAAGAGCGUGGUGAGCCGCUCGGUGUGUGAUUACUUUUUCGAGGCGCAGGAGCGAGCCAGCGAGCCGGAGAACGUUCCCCCGGUGAUCCCGACGCCGCACCACUACCUCAUCAACGUGCUCCGACAUCGCAUCUACUUCGUGGCCGUGAUCCAGAGCGAGGUUCCUCCUCUGUUCGUCAUCGAGUUCCUGCAUCGCGUCGUCGACACAUUUCAGGACUAUUUCGGCGUCUGCACCGAGGCGGCUAUUAAAGACAACGUGGUGGUGGUGUACGAGCUCCUGGAGGAGAUGCUGGAUAACGGCUUCCCCCUGGCCACCGAGUCCAACAUCCUGAAAGAGCUGAUUAAACCUCCGACCAUCCUGCGCACCGUCGUCAACACCAUCACGGGAAGCACUAAUGUUGGAGAGCAGCUCCCCACAGGUCAACUCUCGGUGGUGCCAUGGCGACGCACAGGAGUCAAAUACACCAACAACGAGGCUUACUUCGAUGUGGUGGAAGAGAUCGACGCCAUCAUCGACAAAUCGGGCUCCACAAUCACGGCAGAGAUUCAGGGUGUGAUUGAUGCGUGUGUGAAGCUGACAGGAAUGCCGGAUCUCACGCUCUCCUUUAUGAAUCCUCGGCUGUUGGACGAUGUAAGUUUCCACCCGUGUGUCCGCUUUAAACGAUGGGAGGCCGAGCGUAUUCUGUCCUUCAUCCCGCCGGACGGAAACUUCCGGCUUCUCUCCUACCACGUCAGCUCUCAGAACCUGGUGGCCAUCCCGGUGUACGUCAAACACAACAUCUCGUUCCGCGAGGGUAGCUCUCAGGGCCGCUUCGACCUGACACUCGGCCCCAAACAGACCAUGGGGAAGGCCGUGGAGUCAGUGCUGGUGAGCAGUCAGCUCCCGCGCAGCGUCCUGAACGCCAGCCUCAACCCUACACAGGGCACCUACACCUUCGACCCUGUCACCAAGCUCCUGACGUGGGACGUAGGCAAGAUCAACCCUCAGAAGCUGCCCAGUCUGAAGGGCACCAUGUGUCUGCAGGCCGGAGCUUCCAAACCAGACGAGAAUCCAACCAUCAACAUCCAGUUUAAGAUCCAGCAGAUGGCCAUCUCAGGCCUGAAGGUAAAUCGGUUGGACAUGUACGGCGAGAAAUACAAACCGUUCAAAGGCAUCAAGUACAUGACCAAAGCGGGCAAAUUCCAGGUGCGGACCUAGAGACUGACCUCGUCUCCAGCUUCCUGCCGUCUCCAACGAGGGCAAACGCACAGCGGGAUGUUACAGCGUGUGUGUGUGUGUGUGUGUGUGUGUGAAGGGUUGGGGGGGAUCUGCAGGGGCUUGAAAACUGAGAACAUGUGGUUGAUUUUAGUAGGAAAAUAUUUUACAAAAUUUAAAGGAGUUCCCUGGUGGAAAAUGCCGAUAGUGCUGUGGGUUUAAACGUCGCUCCUGUACGCGACAGCAUUGUUAGCAUUCCUCAGGUUAAAAGUAUUCCUCGAAACGUAGCCGCUGAUAAAAGGAAGCAUGCAAGCUGUAAGUGUGUAAACAGUGUAAAGAACACACUCACCUUCCUAGCGUGUUUGUCCAGCAUAGAUGACAAUGUUUAUGAGAAAUCUAUCUAAUUUGCUCCGAUCAGUGCAUCGCGUUGUGUUACGACAUCCUUGUCUGUCUAAAUCAGUUUAUUUAUUUAUUUUACUUCAUGUUGGUUCAAACAUAUUUUCAAUCAUGGAAUUGUCUGUUUUAUUUAUUUAUUAAGUUUGAGAUUAAAGAUGGCAGCAGUACAUCUUAGUCCGGAUACAAACACGAAAGCUACGGUAGAGGUAAAAUGGCGGAAAAAAGAAAUUACACUCAGACGUUUACGGUUAGUCGAUGGAUGUCUGGUGCAUGUCGCCGUAACCCUGCCUCCUUAUUGAUCAUGCACUUAGCUCUCCAUUUUACUAAUGGCUUCACUGCUGAGACACUACCAUUACCAAGCCGGUAUCCUGGACUACAUUAUCAAAAGACCUUAUACAGUUUAUAGGCACAUCUGGACUGAUUUAUUACAAACAACGAACCACACACACACAUGCAGUGUAUACAGGUCCUCGAUCCAGAAUGUACUGUAUCUCUGAGGAGAAAAAAUAUCAUAACCACUAUUCACUGAUCGGUGAAGUUCAUUAAGGCCACAUGGACCAAUAAAAUACACUCUGAUUGUUGUUGUUUGUCACUGGAUGUUUUCUGUUUGCUGUGUUUGUUUUUCUUGUACUGUUUUUGCAGUGAUGCAGAAUAAAUGAUAAUAAAAAAAAAAGUCUGAACUUUUUUUUUAGCCUUCAGAUUUCUGUGAAGUGGCUUUCUUAUGGACACACAGCUGUUUGAGUUCACAUCACAUUGUGUGUGUGUAUGGAAAUGCCCUUACUUUCAUUAUUAAACAUGGCUAUGAUUUCUACCGUUGAUUUAUUCUGAUGCAACUUCCCCAAUUGUUUAAGUGAACUCAGAUCACGCUCAUUGUUUUUAUGACCGCAGUUCUUCCCUAAAGUUCACGGUUCAGCUUUGUCCUUCCAGGUUUUUAAUAAUGCGUUGGACACUUCUUCACUCAACUUCAGUCUCCAGCCAAUUGUUUUAUUUUCUUGAUGCAUGUAAUCAGUGACAACCCAUCAGUUCUGACUUGCAACAAAUAAAA